AUGAAUAUUAGAAAUAAAGUUAUCGCUGCUUAUCUUUUACGUCGUCGUCAUCUCAUGCGAAAUAGAAAAAGUGUAAAGCGAGCUCAUUGGGUGCAUCCGAUCAAUCAGUUGAGAGAAAGUGAGAAACAAUUUAACAAACUAUUUUUGAGGCUUCGAGAGGACGAAAACAAAUUUUUCAAUUUCUUUCGAAUGUCAAAGUCAUCUUUCGAUGAAUUGCAUGACGGACUGAAGGACGUCAUUAAAUCUGAAGAGACUACAUUUAGAAAUAGCAUUCCAACAGUGGAAAUGCUCGGUAUUACAUUGAGGUAUCUUGCAAGUGGGUAUACAUUUCUUGACCUGCACUACAACUUUAAAAUUGGUGCCUCAACAGCAAGGAAAAUAGUCAAGAAAGUCUGCUCAGCCAUUUGGCUAAUCAUGAAGGAUGAAUGCAUUCCAGAAGUAACAAAGGAAAGAUGGGGAAAAAUAAGUGAUGAUUUUGAAAAAGAUGCAAAUUUUCCUUAUUGCCUUGGAGCUGUGGAUGGGAAACACAUUCGUUUGCAAGGAAAUCUCUGGAAAGCAAUUGAAUCUAAUUUAAUUGAAUUGACAGAAGAUAAAUGUUUGCCUGGUACUUCAGAUCAAAAAAUUCCCCACUUUUUAGUUGGAGAUGAAGCAUUCGGCCUACAUAAACAUUUAAUGAGGCCAUAUGGGGGAUCACAUUUAACACGCAUGAAAAUAAUAUUUAAUUAUAGGUUAUGUAGAGCUCGACGUUUUGUUGAAUGCGCUUUUGGCAUUUUAACUAAUAAGUGGAGAAUUUUCCAUCGUCCUCUUAACGUCCAUCCUAAUUUUGCAAAUAUCCUUAUCAAAGCUUGUGUUGUUCUGCACAACUUUAUCCGUGAUAAGGGCGGUUUUGUUCCCGAACACACAACAACGUUAAUUGGACUCGAAGAUUUGCAACCAGAUCAAUCCGUACAAGCUGGUAUUUCAGCAAAUUCUGUGAGAGACGUAUUAGGAAACUAUUUUCUAACAGACGUAGGAUCUGUGCCUUGGCAAAUGAGCAAAAUAUACUUUGAAAUUCCUACACUGAGAGAAAUGGUUGGUUAA